AUGGAUCCUAGCUGGCGCCUGGAGCGCGAAGGGGAAAGGGCAGAAAUGGAUCAUACCCGAGUUGGCCAGAAAGUCCCGGAUGGAGGGGGAAAGAAGCGGAACGGAGCAGAUGGUCAAAGGGGUACGUGGAAGAAUGAGCUCAUCCUCAAACUUGGUCGCAUUUUAGCGACGCGUAAGGUUACAAAUGGCGGGACAUGGAGGGGGGUUCACUUCGCACCGCAUAUUGCGAUAGGUGGUCUGAGCAUGGCGCCUCAUCUAGGGCGGAGGAAAAGGAAGAGUACGAGUCAGAUUGGGAGAAUGGAGGACAUGUCCGGAGGAGUGCCGGAGGAAGCAACCCAACGACUCACUUCCGUCAACCUUCCCGACGCCGAAUCCAGAACUCUCUACAUUCCGUUCAGCCGCCCAGACAACACCCGCACCAGCUCACACAAAGUCACUGCUAGAACUUGGGCGAUCCCAUUCCCCUCUCUGCCCACGAUGUGCCAACGACAGAACACCCCAUUUGCCGCCGCCAACAACGCAAUUCUCCUCGCUGCUGCUGCUGUUUCUUUCCCCUCUGAAUCUGAACUUUACUAUCUCAACAAGCCCUAUGCGCCUAUUCCCUCUUGUUCAUCUUCUUCUUCUGCCUCUUCAUCGUCCUCAGCUUCCUCUGCAAGAAUAUCCCCAGCCUCUUAUUUAUACACACCAGCAACAUCAGCCAACACACCGCCUGCUCACAAGACACCCGCCUCUGAUCCAGCCAUCCCAAAGGAUUCCUCGAGAGAUGGAAAUAGAACCAAAUUCGCCUUGACCCUUGUCGAUCAAUCCGUCAAGACCCUUUGCGAUAUCUGGCGCCCACAGGACAUUCCACAAGUUUAUUCAAGCCCAAAGACCCUGCUUCCUGGCGAAUCUAUCGCCCAUCCAUGGCAAACCCAGCUCUUAGCAAAGAGCUCCAGCGCCUCGCACACUCUCGCCUCCUCCAUCAUCUCUGCUUCACAGCCUCCCGCUCCCACGGCACCAGUACUCAUUCAAACAGGAACUUCGGAAACGCCCUGCCCCCUCGUCCCGAUUAGGGGCUUCGUCCAUGACGUCCUCCGCAGAUCGAAGACGUCUGGAGGCGUUCUCCAGACCGCACUCUGCUACCUCGAGGCCAUCCGCCCAAAGCUCCGUGAACUGAUCCAGCGGGAGAAACAAGGAGUGGGUUUGCGAGGGGAGCCUGAGCAAACCAGUUCGAUCACCCUGGCGAGUGAGGCCGAACUUCAACAUGAAGCAGAACUCGCUAAAUCUGAGCUCGACACCGUCGUCAUGGGUGAUCAAACCACCGACGACAUCCUCGACACUGUCCGCGUGUCGGAUGACGAAACAGAUAUACCUUGUCUUCAAGAGCUUUGUCCUCCCAGCAUCCGCCCAAGUCAACCGGCGCCGAAACCAUCCAGCAAUGACCUACCGCCGGCUCCUCCUCUUCCAUCCCCGCUUCUUUGUCCGCGCCGCGCAUUUUUGGCGGCCCUCAUUCUCGCCUCAAAGUUCACUCAAGACAAGUGCUAUUCGAAUCGCGCAUGGGCCAAACUUUCCGGCCUCCCUCCACGAGAAAUUGGUCGUUGUGAACGUGCCCUUGGUAACGCGCUCGAGUGGCGCCUUUGGGUUGGUAAAGCCGCAGCGCCUGCAGUGCCCACUGCGAGCUCUUCCAUGCCCAACAAACCGGUUGCCCGCUCUCAGAGCGAGCCUUCACUCUCGUUCACUGGAUCGCCGCCUCAAACCCUCCGUGCCGAUCAGUCCAUGGAAACCGUGGAUGUUGGCCCGGCACGAAAGCUCCCCUUGCGCCGUUCCUCAACGCUCCCUGCUGGCAAAUUCCCAGAUCACUAUGUUCCGAUGGAUUCAAGUUCGGAUAGUGGUUUUCUCCAGCCCCCUGCGAAAUCGGAUUCCAGCACCAGCCCCUUCUCCGACGUUCCCGGCCUCAGCUAUUCGCCAUCGUCAACGGAGUCUUCGUCUUCCGGCGAGCGCACAAUCCAAAUGUCGACGUUCCUGGAUGAUAACAUGGCACCGCCGACGACCAGCGAAGUGUCCCAGACCUGGACGUGGCUUGAAGGCGAGAAUCCUACUGGAUUUGCUGGCGGGUUCGAUGGUAUCUCCUCGUCUCCGGUUGCGAUCAUCAACGGCAAGCUUUUGAAUGGCAAUGGCCUCUCCGCUUUCCAAGGCAAAGCCCCCAUGGUGGGCAUAUUCAAUAAUCCUGCACUCGAGUCUAUCACUUCUCCGCCGUAUCAUCAUCCCAAAGUAUCUCCGGUGGACAACAUUCACGUCUUCGAUCCCUCAGGAAGCUUUGGAAAUGGAGAAGGCCGUUAUCUUGUCUCGAUGCAAUAAGCUUUGGGCGCCAGUAUCGCCCUCGGUGAUAUUCUCCUCUCUCCUUUCUCCCUUUCUAUUGUCCUAUGUGUGCCCUCUGCGUUCGGCUCGUUUGCUCGAGCUGACCUCGACUUCCUGUUGGUUGUCUUGUAUCUUGUCUGUGUGUGUACUCUAACUUUUCCCUCUC